GAAAUCGAAGACAUGUCACACGUCAGCAGGACUCGAUUUUAUGUGAAAAAUUGUUAGAAACCGGCUUUAAAAAUCUUUAAAUAUGAUAAAAUUUCUAUUUCUUCUUGUGAUAACUCUGUUUUCAAGCGUAAGGUCUCAAGGAAAUACCCUUGUACUUCUAGACAAUCAAGUUAUUAAGGAAACUCAUUCAUUAUUUUUUAAAUCAUUGCAAGAUAGGGGCUAUUCACUAACUUAUAAAAUAGCCGACGAUGCUUCUUUAAUUCUAUCAAAGUAUGGCGAAUAUCUUUAUGAGAAUCUUAUAAUUUUUGCCCCAUCAGUUGUUGAAUUUGGUGGCAACUUAAAUGUAGACACUAUCACUCAAUUCAUUGAUAAUGGAGGAAAUGUUUUAAUUGCUGGUAGUGAGAGCACAGGCGACGUUUUAAGAGAAUUAGCAUCAGAAGUUGGAUUUGAGGUCGAUGAAGAAGGUGCAUUUGUUAUUGAUCAUCUAAACUUUGAUGUUUCUGAUGAAGGACAGCAUACUAAGUUAUUAGUGUCUUCUGAAAAUCUUAUUGAUGCUCCUGUAAUUGUGGGUACCAAGAAAGAUGUAGCUCCAUUAUUGUAUCAAGGAACUGGUAUCUUGGCAGACAGUGAAAAUCCAUUAGUACUGCCUUUACUCACUGCUGACAGCACAGCAUAUAGUUAUCAACCUGACCAACCUAUUAAAGAGUAUCCCCAUGCUGUUGGUAAAGAUACUGUAUUAAUUGCCGGUCUUCAAGCUAGAAAUAAUGCAAGAGUUGUUUUCAGUGGAUCUUUAUCAUUUUUCUCUGAUGAAUUCUUUACUUCUUCCAUUGAAAAUGCACAGAACGGAGUGAAGUCACCUAAAUCAGGAAAUGAAGAUGUUGCUACAGCCAUUAGUCAAUGGGUGUUCAAAGAACAUGGUAGAUUAAGAGUCAAGUCUGUAAAUCAUCAUAAAGCUAGUGAAAAACAGCCCCCACAUGACUACACAAUUAUGGACGAUGUUGUUUAUACUAUCGGCAUUGAGAUAUACGAUAAUGGAAAGUGGAAACCGUUUACUGCAAAUGAUGUUCAAUUAGAAUUUGUAAGAAUCGAUCCUUUUGUAAGAAUGACACUUCAAAGCAAUCCCAAAGGAGUUUACGAAGCCCAAUUUAAGAUCCCAGAUGUUUAUGGUGUAUAUCAGUUUAAAGUUGACUAUGACAGGGUUGGAUUCACUAGAUUGUACAGCAUUACUCAGGUAUCUGUUCGACCUCUGGAACAUACUCAGUAUGAAAGAUUCAUUGAUUGUGCUUAUCCCUACUAUGCUGGUGCGUUCUCCAUGAUGUUGGGAGUUUUUGUAUUUUCCAUUGUGUUCUUGCAUAUGAAAGAUGACGAGAAGAAGACCAAAGGAGAGUAAAUUAAUGUAAUAACACUAAGAUUUAAUCAGUUGUGUUUAUUGUACACAUAAGUUAGCCCAAGACUUUUUUGUUACAUAUUAAUAAACAAUUUAAAUACUGAUUA